GCUCCAAGUUCCUACCUUCCUGGGGUCCAGACCCCCGCUUUGCCCUGCAGUGCCCUAGAGGGGUCUCUGCGCUUUCCCUUCCACCGACCACUGGAAUCCCCGCUUUCCGCCCUCAUUCGGAGUUUCCUAGGGCGUUUCAGGACGCCCGGGAGCGGAGGGCGACCUUGCAGGAGCGGCCUAGGGAAACUGAGGAUCAGUUUGAGGUGCUCGAGCGGCACACGCAGUGGGGUCUGGACCUGUUGGACAGAUACGUGAAGUUCGUGAAAGAGCGGACGGAGGUGGAGCAGGCUUAUGCAAAGCAGCUGCGGAGCCUGGUGAAAAAAUAUAUGCCCAAAAGACCUGGCAAAGAUGACCCAGAAUCCAAUUCCACCUAGAGGUAUGAGCUUGGAUGCAGAAACCGUAUUACCUGUGUUGGAAUUCUAAAUCCACUACUUUCCAGCCAAACUGCUUCCGCCAGUUGACUCAAGCUCUCCGCCUCUAUUUUCCUCGCCUGUUAAAUGGGAGAGGCUCCAACAGUUACUAAAUGAAUGACUCUGGGUUCAGCCAGCAACAGUCAUUUGUGCAGAUUCUCCAAGAGGUGAAUGAUUUUGCGGGCCAGCGGGAGCUGGUGGCCGAGAACCUCAGUGUCCACGUCUGUCUCGAGCUGGCCAAGUACUCACAGGAGAUGAAACAGGAGAGAAAGAUGCACUUCCAAGAAGGCCGUCGGGCCCAGCAGCAGCUGGAAAGUGGCUUCAAGCAGCUAGAGAAUAGUAAGCGUAAGUUUGAGCGGGACUGCCGGGAGGCUGAGAAGGCAGCUCAGACGGCCGAGCGGCUGGACCAGGAUAUCAAUGCCACCAAGGCUGAUGUGGAGAAGGCCAAGCAACAGGCCCACCUUCGGAGUCACAUGGCAGAAGAAAGCAAAAAUGAAUAUGCAGCCCAACUACAGCGCUUCAACCGAGACCAGGCUCACUUCUAUUUUUCCCAGAUGCCCCAGAUAUUUAAUAAGCUGCAGGACAUGGACGAGCGGCGGGCCACCCACCUGGGGGCUGGGUACAGGCUCCUGUCAGAGGCUGAGCUGCAGGUGGUACCCAUCAUCGCCAAGUGUCUGGAGGGCAUGAAGGUGGCCGCGGAUGCUGUGGAUGCCAAGAACGACUCCCAGGUCCUAAUCGAGCUGCACAAGUCAGGCUUUGCCCGGCCGGGCGACGUGGAAUUUGAAGACUUCAGCCAGCCCAUGAACCGCGUGCCCUCGGACAGCAGCCUGGGCACCCCCUCAGAUGGACGGCCUGAGCUCCGAGGCCCCGGUCGCAGCCGAGCUAAGCGCUGGCCCUUCAGCAAGAAGAACAAGACAGUGGUGACUGAGGAUUUCAGCCACUUGCCCCCGGAGCAGCAGAGAAAGCGGCUGCAGCAGCAGCUGGAAGAACGGAACCGUGAACUACAGAAGGAGAUCGACCAGAGGGAGGCCUUGAAGAAAAUGAAGGAUGUAUAUGAGAAGACACCCCAGAUGGGGGACCCGGCCAGCUUGGAACCCCGGAUCACAGAAACCCUGAACAACAUCGAGCGUCUGAAAUUGGAAGUACAGAAGUAUGAGGCUUGGCUGGCAGAAGCCGAGAGCCGGGUCCUAAGCAACCGGGGGGACACCCUGGGCCGGCACACUCGGCCUCCAGACCCCCCAGCCAGCGCCCCACCAGACAGCAGCAGCAACAGCAACAACGGAUCACAGGAUAAGGAGAGCUCUGAAGAGCCCCCCUCCGAGGAGGGUCAGGAUGCUCCCAUCUACACGGAGUUUGAUGAGGAUUUUGAGGAGGAGCCUGCAUCCCCCAUAGGUCACUGUGUGGCCAUCUACCAUUUUGAAGGGUCCAGCGAGGGCACCAUCUCCAUGGCCGAGGGCGAGGACCUCAGUCUCAUGGAAGAAGAUAAAGGCGACGGCUGGACCCGAGUCAGGCGGAAACAGGGAGGUGAGGGCUACGUGCCCACCUCCUACCUCCGUGUCACACUCAAGUGAACCCUGCCAGAGGCAGGAAGAGGGGGGCUGUUGGCUGCUGCUUCUGGGCCACGGGGGGUGCCCCAGGACCUACGCACUUUAUUUCUUCCCCCGUGGCUUCAGCUGAGACCUGUGUAACCUGCUGCCCCCAGCCCCACCCCCCCACUCCUCACCCCACAUGGACCCGCUGUGCCUUCUACCAUCGAUGUACAUACUCAUGUUUCGAAUCUUUUCUUCCUGCCGCUCGGCUGGGGCCGUUUUGUUUUAUAUAAAAAAAUGAUGGAAAGUUC